GCGAGGGCGGGUCAAUAUUUAGUCCAGGAAGACGGUUAGAAGUGAGGUGGGGAUGAGAAAUCAUCAUUAGCUUCGCUGCUAGCUGCCCCUGGCGCCGAUGUCGAUGUGUUGUGGCCGAAAUCAGUAGAUUAUUUCAGUUCCGACAGGCGCGACGAUGGCCCUCUGACACCCAAGAAUGGACAUAAGUUAACAAUGACGGGGGAGAAAAAGAAGAAAAAGCGGCUGAACCGCAGCAUUCUUCUUGCAAAGAAAAUUAUAAUAAAAGAUGGAGGAAGUCCUCAGGGAAUCGGUGAGCCAAGUGUUUACCAUGCUGUGGUGGUCAUCUUCCUGGAGUUUUUUGCAUGGGGUCUCCUUACCACCCCAAUGCUCACGGUAUUACACCAGACAUUCCCCCAACACACAUUCUUGAUGAAUGGGCUUAUCCAUGGAGUCAAGGGCCUAUUAUCCUUUCUCAGUGCUCCUCUGAUUGGAGCGUUGUCGGACGUAUGGGGACGCAAGUCUUUCUUGCUGCUUACGGUCUUCUUCACGUGUGCACCUAUCCCACUGAUGAAGAUCAGCCCAUGGUGGUACUUUGCAGUCAUCUCCAUGUCCGGCGUUUUUGCCGUCACCUUCUCUGUGAUCUUUGCCUAUGUGGCGGAUAUCACGCAGGAACAUGAGAGGAGCACAGCGUAUGGUUUGGUAUCGGCUACCUUUGCUGCCAGCCUGGUCACCAGUCCGGCCAUUGGAGCCUACCUAUCUGUGGCCUACGGCGACACCUUGGUGGUGAUCUUGGCCACAGCCAUCGCCCUGCUCGACAUCUGCUUCAUCCUGGUGGCCGUGCCGGAGUCACUGCCUGAGAAGAUGAGGCCAGCAUCAUGGGGAGCACCCAUUUCCUGGGAACAGGCGGAUCCCUUCGCUUCUCUUCGUAAGGUGGGCCAGGACUCCACGGUGCUCCUCAUCUGUAUCACAGUGUUUCUCUCCUACCUCCCCGAGGCCGGCCAGUACUCCAGUUUCUUCCUCUAUCUCAGACAGGUCAUAGGCUUCUCAUCAGAGACAGUGGCGGCCUUUAUCGCCGUUGUUGGAAUCCUCUCAAUACUAGCUCAGACGGUUGUGUUGGGCAUCUUGAUGCGUUCCAUAGGGAAUAAGAACACAAUCCUGCUCGGCCUUGGCUUCCAGAUCCUCCAGCUGGCGUGGUACGGCUUCGGCUCUCAGCCCUGGAUGAUGUGGGCUGCUGGAGCUGUUGCAGCCAUGUCCAGCAUCACUUUUCCUGCCAUCAGCGCCAUUGUGUCCCGUAACGCAGACCCUGACCAACAAGGUGUUGUCCAGGGGAUGAUUACAGGAAUUCGGGGCCUGUGUAACGGUUUGGGCCCGGCUCUCUACGGUUUUGUCUUCUACUUGUUCCACGUGGAGCUGACCGACUCAGACGGCUCUGAGAAAGGUGCCAAAUCCAACAUGGCCAACCCCACUGAUGAGAGUGCCAUCAUCCCGGGUCCUCCCUUCCUGUUCGGUGCAUGCUCAGUGCUGCUGUCUCUGCUGGUGGCCCUGUUUAUCCCGGAGCACACAGGGCCUGGCAUGAGGCCCGGCGCCUAUAAGAAGCACAGCAACGGGGCACAGAGUCACUCCCACAGCCCUCAAGGCAGUGGGGCCGAGGGCAAGGAGCCGCUGCUGGAGGACAGCAGUGUAUAACCUCAGCUAAAGGGGGGCAGACACCUUCGCUCCAACCCGACAAACCCCCCCGCACACUCGGACAGAUACACACAUUUUACCACGCGGACACACUCUCACCUCAGGCACACAUCAAGACUCAAGUGCCAUGAAGAGGUGUUUGUGUCCACAGCACAAAAGUGGGCACUCCCUUCCUUCGCAGCCCUUCUCUCUUUCUUUCUUUUUUAAAAGCGGGGUUAUCGCGAGGACUCUCUAAAGAACCCUGCGUAAAGAGAAUGUGUUGAGUAUUUUCCGGGCUGCAGUGGAAAGAUGUGUGUGACCUGGCUGAGCUGGACUGUAAUCCUUGGUUUCUAUAAAGCAGUAACAGAGUGGAGUACACAACAGCUUGCCCCCCCACCGCCCCUCUCAUGGUGCAAAACAAAAGCGAACAGAAGUGAUUUGGUUUAGAGUGUGAGUGGCGUAUAUCUCAAAUGUUACUAAACCCUUGUGUGAGUCUUCAUAUUCCUCUGUAGCAAGUGAAGUGGCAACUCCAUCUGUUUGUCCAUCGAGGGUGUAACAAACAAGUUAGUCUAACGCUCGUUCAUGAGCUAACAUCUGUUGUUGCGACUACAGCUCCGUUAAAGCACCCGGGAAGGGAAAGCAGGGGAAAGCACAGUGACUGUAUGUGCCUGCGAGGGGAGUCUCUGCAGACCUGCGUCGGAGAGACGCUGCCUAAUCUAGGUUAGGAUGGGUCGUUCAGUUCAGAUAUAAAAAGCUUGGUGAGACCACACUUUGUUUAAACAACACACUUCUUAACAGAGAGAAGUGUGCGAGAGAGACCACUUUAUUAGCUGAAAACUGUUUUUCAAUGUUUACUUGCCAUUCUCUAGAUAAGUAGUACAGUUUGGGUUGUAUAUUUUUCUCUGUUCAAACUGAAGGCUAGUUGUGCUUCAAGUUCUUAUUCAAGAAACAAAUGUUGCCUCGAAGUGACUUAAUAUAUAUAUAUGUAUAUAUAUAUAUUAAUUACGUAACCUGUAUGAAGACCGAGGUCUGAGAAGGCUCUGUAAUCUUACGCUAUCGCUCCCAUCGGAGCCGUUCCACACUUUUUAUUCCUUUUUUUUGUUUUGUUUUCAAAGCCCUUCCUGUUGCUUUGUUUCCUGACAUUUAUCACCAUCAGGGUUAAAGGCUUACAACAACCAUGGUUUUAUUUUGAUAGCCUCUGGACCAUUCGAAGCUAGAGCGCUGCUAUCAGCAUGUCAGUGUUGGCACUGACUGUUAAUACGUCGAGUCUUUGAAUUAAUAUCAUUAGGUAAAAACAGAAUAUCACUCGUGCUGCUGCUGCAAGUAGAUAAUUCAAAGUAAGCGUGAUGUAAUGUGGUAAUUGGAUAUGAACUAUGAAACGGUUUCACUGAAUCCUUGACGUGUAAGCUUCCAAACAAACAAACAGGCACUUCACAUUUCUCAAACAAUAACUAACCCCAGAUUUUUAAAAUGUGAAGCACCUCCAACUAAAACUGAGAUUCACCACAAGGAGGAGCUGUUUGACCAUUUUCAGACUAGUUCUUCAUAUGCGGCGCCACCUAUAGGCAACAAAAGUUAGUUGCAGCAGUAGUUCAGAUUCAUAAAUGGAGCGGGGGAAAACACAUGUGGUCGCCACCUACAGGCAAAGUAAGUUUGUGUUUUUUACAUUUUCCUCAAACACUUUUUUGGCUACAAAAAAGUAAAAAAUAAAUAAUUCUUAAAUCUUAAAAACAUGGAAAUAAUGAUGCCUCUAUCGCUGUGAACUAAUGCCGAUCACCAAAACAUAGAAAAUAAUUCCUAAAAAUAAAAACAAUUUAAAACAUCUUUAAAUAUUACAAGUAAAAAAAAAAAACAUUUUGAAAGCAUAAGAGCCAAAUUAGGAUUAAAAUUAUUGUCGUCCAUUCUACCCUCCAGAAGAUAUUACUUCAAUAAAUCAGGAGGACGGUGUUUGAUGUCAGAGGUUACAUUACAACAUUUAGAUUAUCGUGAACUCUGUAAUCGUCCCAGAAUUCAUUAGUAAGUUAACCAAUCAGUAAAAUAUAACGUACAUUUACAAGAGCCUCUGUCCAAACUGCAGCGUCUGUUAUUCAUUUUCUUGCCUGUAGAUGGCGCGCCUCAGCUUGUUUAAACCACUGCUGUAACUUCUUUUUUUUGCCCCUAGAGGGCGCACGUUGAACAAAAUAACCGGAGGUGUGAAGCUGCUGCAGGCGCCUGGUUUCAGGGCGUCAGUUGUUCCCUUUGUUCACCAUACUGUGUCAGCGACUGGUAAAUUAUUCUUCGUUGUUAUUGUUAAAGCGUUAAUUUAAAAAAAAAAAUGCCUCAAGUGCAUUUAAAUAGCCAAAUUACAACCUGAAAACAAACAGUGACUAACGGUGGGUUUCAUGCUGUUUAACAUCUGUCUGAAGAGAAACGUAUGUCAUAUAUAUAUUUUGUGCCAAAUUAUUAUUUUUUUUGGUUUGCUUUUUCAUACUGUUUGUGUGUGUGUGUACGUGUGCUUGCGCACUUGAGUGAUUUGGAUAUUUUUUUUGUUUUCUCGUGUCUUAAUUUCUUUGGCUGAAGAUUUAAUUUUUAAUGCUAUUUUCUUAUAGCUUUUAAAAAAAAGAAAUUGUGGCUAGAUGGUAAAUUAUCCAAUGUCCAUCUGUCAGGUUUUUUUUUUCUUCAUUUGAUAACAAGCAUUUCACUGUGUUAAGUUACAUUUGAUAAGCUUAUUUUCUUUCCCCCCAAUUUCUCAGUAGAGCAUAACAAACGUCACCGAAUGUUCCAAGCCAAGCUGUACAUGUUGACGACGCCAUACCCUCAACAUUUCUGACUUAACCUGUCUUAGUUUUUAUUAUUUCAGAGGGGGUGUUACUAGACAGGAGGCCCUUGGUGUUGAUUUUGAUCCCCAAAUAUCAUUUUUAUUUAAUUUAUCAUUUAUUGGACCAACGCAUCUGUAAACCCAUAAAUUCAGAUCCUACUUAAAUUGGUAAGAUUCUGCACCAGCCCCCAUGUGCACUCGUACAGCUUCCAAGCAGACGACUGUAAAUGUACAAAAAUCACCUGUACGUACAGCAAAUGUAUAUAUUCAUUGCUCAAGGAGACGGCCAACCUCUUGGUCUAUUUGGUUGUAUGGUGCAAUUAUUAUUCUAUAUUUCUCAAGACUUACCUGCUAGCCACUCCUGUUUUUAGUACGAUGUGGUUUGUGGCCUGAACCCCCUCUCUGUGUGCCUAAAAUUAGCCAAGAAAUGAAUAUGGCAACAUAAGUAAAUGGUGGUUAUUAUGUAAAUAUGGGAAACUAAUGAAACUAUUUAUUAAAGGUUUAUUGUACAAUGAAA